AUGCUUUUACAGGCUAGUCCUCUUGCAUUCACAACAUAUCUUUUGAAACGACCUAUAGAGCAUCCGAUCAAACCGGAAACCGAUGGUAUAGUAAACCAAUCCAUAAUGGCGUACAGACUAGACAAGUAUAAUUUCGAUACCCGGCUGCUAACUGCCUUUGCCGAAGAAGUUGAGGUAGUGGAAGCUGUUCAAGGUUCAGAGGAAGUUAAGGAACUUAACCAAAACGAACAGGAGCCCAAUCCCGAUCAACUAGCUUUAGAAUCUUUAGAAGAAAAAUCCGAUCCACCGCAAAAAUUAGCUUACAAUAGCGGACCACCACCUCGGAAUCCGAACCAACCUUCAAGAAACAACGGUGGACAUUUCAGUAACCACAAACCCUUCCCCGGACAAAAAAACAACAACAACCCGUUCGAUAACAAGAUAAAUUACAAUGGACCACCGCCUCCAUUACCACCGAAGCAAGCCAUGGACAAAUACGGUACCGAAGGUGGAGAUAUUUGGCCGGCGCCGGUACCGGAUAUGCCUAAAAUAUUAUCGUUAGACGUGAAAUGUGAGAAGAAUUUGAUGAAAGUUUAUAUAGGGUUCGAUAAACCUUUCUACGGUAUAGUUUUUAGUAAAGGUCAUUACAGUAACGUGCAUUGCGUUCAUUUACCAGCUGGUUUGGGAAGAACUUCGGCCCAUUUCGAAAUUGGAAUUCACGCUUGCGGUACUUCUGGUAACACCGAAAAUGGUUUGUACGGUUAUGGAGCAGAAUCUGGUUCGGGAACGUACUUCGAGAACAUCAUCGUUAUACAAUACGAUCCUCAGGUACAAGAAGUUUGGGAUCAAGCGAGGAAAUUGAGGUGUACUUGGCACGAUAACUACGAAAAAUCCGUUACUUUCCGACCUUUCCCCGUGGAUAUGUUGGACGUAGUUAGAACUGACUUCGCUGGUGAUAAUGUUGGUUGUUGGAUGCAAAUUCAAGUCGGAAAGGGUCCGUGGGCAUCCGAAGUUUCGGGUCUAGUUAAAAUCGGACAAACAAUGACCAUGGUAUUAGCCAUAAAAGACGACGAUAAUAAAUUCGAUAUGUUGGUAAGAAAUUGCAUGGCUCACGAUGGAAAGCGAGCACCAAUUCAGUUAGUUGAUCAAAGAGGUUGCGUCACGAGACCAAAAUUAAUGUCCAGAUUUACAAAAAUCAAAAAUUUCGGUACAAGUGCUUCGGUAUUAUCGUACGCUCAUUUCCAAGCAUUCAAAUUUCCUGAUUCUAUGGAAGUUCACUUCCAAUGUACCAUUCAAAUCUGCAGAUAUCAAUGUCCGAACCAAUGUUCAGAUUCUUCUGGACAACAUCUUCAUGGUUUACUCGAUUUAUUGCACGGUCCUGCAGAUACUAGCUACGGAGCACCACCUCCUCUUCCAAUCGAAGCUUACCUACACCCGGGAAGACCUAGAGAUGAAAGAAGAUCUAAGAGAGCUGUUGCAACUGAUCCGGAAAAAGAAGUUGGAGUCAAUAGGAUUAUUAGAGUAGUUUCUACUGGGGAUUUAACCUUCUCUUUAGAUGAGAAUACUAAUACCACCACCCCACCAACUAUGGUAUUUCCUGCUAAAGAAGAACUUACCAACGGCGGUCUUAUUUGUAUGACGACGCCUGGUUUCGCGGCAACUCUUGUUAUUUUAUUAGCCAUUUUAGUAAUAUCUUGUCUCAUGUCGGCAUUUUUGUGUGUAAAAUUGAGACCUUUUACCGGGAAUAAGCUAGCGGGAGUCAUGGGAUACGCUAAUUCACAAAAAGGGAAAUCUCGAAGUUGUUUUUAUUCAUAA